UUCAGUUAUUGGUUCUUCUAAAACCCUCAAACGCCAAGAAAGCCUGCUUCUCCAAACAGUUUUCAAUGGCCACCUGACAAAUCCUUCUCUCCUUCUGUCUCCCUUGCUCUCUGCCAAACAAAGAAAUGUCCGCUUUAAGAUCCUUACUCUUCGGCACCUCCCUCUUCCGUGCUCGGAAACCGCUCUUUCUUCCUUUUCCUCCUAAGCUUCUCUCCUCCAAGCCUUUUCCCGCCCUCUCCCUCCGCUUCCACCGCCACACUUCCUCUGCUGCCGCCCUCGACACUACACUCAACGCCAACAGCACAGAACUUCUCGAUUCGGCGUCUGAACCCCACCCCUGGCCCGAAUGGGUAAAUUUCGUUGACAGAUUAAAGUCCAAGGGUUACUUGGUUGAAGCUACUGCUGCCACUGCCGAUGCUGGCACUGAUUAUAAGGACAUGAAUUUGUUGAAAGAUGCUUGCCUUAGCUUUGCUCGUGACCGUUACGAUCUUUUCAAAUUGUUGUCUACCAAUGAUAUUGAAACAGUCGUGGGGAGUGGAUGUCCUAAUCUUUUUCGAAAAGCUGUGAAUUCAGCUAAAAGGUUGAGAGCCUAUGUUCGACUUGAUGAAGGGGAUGUUUGUAGUACUUGCAAUCUGCGUGGUUCCUGUGAUAGAGCUUAUGUGAUACUAAAGGAAUCAGAAGGUGCUGGUCGUACUGUGGACAUUGUGCGUAUGUUGUUAUCCUAUGCCCUUGAUCCCAUUGUUAUUUCUGGGGGAGAGAAGCCUCCUGGUAGAGAGCAUAUCGAUGUAUCUGCAAGGAAUCUGCUUUCUGACUUGACAAAAUUGAGUGAGACGUCACCUGCUCCUGAACUUCCUAGGCCUGCUGCUAAAGCUUCUCCUCGAAAGGAAAAAACCAUCAGUGGCAAUGAUGAUGAAGUUUUUCAAAAUGUUGAAAUGAAGAGAGGAGAUUGGAUGUGUCCCAAAUGCAAUUUUUUGAACUUUUCAAAAAAUCUGCAAUGCCUAAAAUGUAAAGAAGAUGGCCCCAAAAAUGUUGGUGGUGAUGAAACUGAAAUGAAGAAAGGAGAUUGGAUCUGCCCCGAGUGCAAUUUCAUGAACUUUUCUAGAAACAUACGGUGCUUAAAGUGCAAGGCAGAAGGUCCAAAGAAGGUUGUUACAAAUGAUAUUCAAAUGAAGAAAGGAGAUUGGAGCUGCCCAGAGUAAGUUGCUUUUCAAUUUUAUGCUGCUAAGAGGCCCUU